AUGAGUAGCAGCCGUAGUCAUACAACAAGUUCGUUGAAGGGGAGAGCGACACCUUACCAUGACAUUCACACCAACACGACGUCCAAUACGACGACCUUGCAGUAUACAAAUACAUCUGAUCCGCUUGUACAAUAUGACUUGGAAUGUCGAGCGGAUGAUAUCUUUUGUGAUAAAGUCAGCCGAGCAGUGGGAGCAGCGAUUGAUUUCGUGAGUCAAGUGAUUAAUGUGAAGAAUAGUUUGUUGAUAAAAGUACGUUAUUAUAGCUUUUGCGAGCAUAGGUGUGCUAACGAGACUUAUGGGUGGGGAUCCCCGACGUCGCAAUUCACAUUGCCUUUUGAGGAUGGAGCGGAUUUGAACUAUGUGUAUCCUCAAGCAUUAGCGAAACAAUUAGCACCUUAUAGCAGUACCUCCGUUUGGGCAAAGUAUGAUAUUGAAAUAGAGAUCAAUCACGAUGCUUAUAUGAAUUCAACUGAUUUGGAUGAGGCGUACAACAUGUAUGAUUGGAACGGAACCGGGACUCCACCGGGAGGCGUGUAUUGGUUUUACGCAUCAGGCAAAAAUGCAAUCAAACGAAAUCAAGUGGAUUUCCGGUAUAUUGUUUUGCAUGAAUUACUGCAUGGGUUAGGUUUUCUCAGUUCUUGGGCUGCUUACUUUUGGACGGACGCGUCACCGUUCCGUACGUUGGUAGACGGGAUCAUUGAUGCUUCAGAAUUGCAGGUGGUCACGCCGGGACCCUAUUGGUUUAUCAAUCAAGAUACUGGACCUGCUUAUGUCACCGGCUUUCAACCCAACAUGAUUUUUGACAAAUACCUUAUCAGCGUGGUGAAUAAUGACGACGAUGAUGACGACAGCAGCAGCAACAACAACAAGAACGGAACGCAGACGUUUAACCUUUCUGAAGUCGCUUUUGAGAUGCAAGAUUUUUGUGUUCAAAACAGCAACGCAUUUAUUGUCAACUUUAUCAAACUGUUCAAUAGCGCGAAACAGUCGACAACAGCGCAUCAACUAUGGCAUUCUUUAUCCGAGCCCGAGACGCUCUCUUUUGAAUUUCAACCGCCGGCGAUAGCGAACAGCAGUUACAAUUUGAUUCCUUAUUUGAAUCAAACGUAUCAUAAGAUGACGCUGUUGACGGGACCCGAUCUGUUUGAGCGCUCACGUUAUGAGUUUACGGGACCUACGCUGAACCGGCCUGGAUUAGCGAUUUCUCAUUUGGAUGAUCAAUAUGCUCGUACACCGGAUUUCCUAAUGACGCGACAGUACCACAUGGGACACACGUUGGAAGAACUCGUGGCUAUGUUUUAUAAGGAUAUUCCGGAACUCAAUACGAGUGCCACUACACCCUCUCUUCUCCUAGUGGAGAAAACAUACCGUUCCCCGAUCGGACCUGGAAUUUUGAGAAUUUUGGAUUCGAUCGGAUACUCGACGGUAUUAACGAAAACGAAUUACACAACGGGUGGCAGUGUAAAAACACCCAAAUCCCGGUCGUUGUGUGAUGAUAGUAAUACAAGCCAUGGUUUAAAAUCAUCACCCACGCCCAUGUCAUCGUCGGCAACAAGGAUCAUAGCCUCCAUGGGUCCUUUUAUUUAUUCAAUCUUCUUUUUACUCUCCUUCCUCUUCUUAUUUACCCUUUGCUAA